AUGUCGAACAGUCCUCUUUACUUGGGCUUCGACCUUUCUACUCAACAGCUUAAAGGAUUGGUGGUCGAUUCCAGUCUCAAGAAAAUCCACGAGGCCAAAUUUGACUUUGAUGCAGACUCCAAGGGUUUCAAAGUCACCAAAGGUGUACUUGUCAAUGAAGCUGAGCAUGAAGUCUUUGCCCCCGUGGCCCUGUGGCUACAAGCAAUUGAUACUCUUUUGACGAGGCUGAAGGAUGAUGGUCUGGACUUUUCACGAAUCAAGGGUAUUAGUGGUUCAGGCAUGCAGCAUGGGAGCGUUUUCUGGAAUGCUGACGCUGAGCAAAUACUGGCGCAACUCGACCCGAAUAAAUCAUUACAGUCGCAACUCGAUGGGGCAUUUGCUCACCCGUUCAGUCCGAACUGGCAGGAUGCCAGCACACAAAAAGAGUGCGACGAAUUCGACGCCGCUUUGGGCAGUGAAUCUGAGCUAGCCGCUGCCACUGGAAGUAAAGCCCAUCAUCGAUUUACGGGUCCACAGAUUCUUAGAUUUCAACGAAAAUAUCCUGACAAAUAUAUCAAGACCGUGAGAAUUACACUUGUGUCAUCUUGGAUCGCGACGAUAUUUUUGGGCAAAUUCGCCCCUUUUGAUAUUUCGGAUGUCUGUGGAAUGAAUCUUUGGGACAUUAAGGCUGGCAAAUGGAAUGAGAAAUUACUUGAAUUAGCAGCUGGUCCCGCGGGUGUUGAGUCGUUACGGUCGAAAUUGGGAGACGUACCUGAAGAUGGUGGUUGUCAUCUCGGUUCCGUGUCUUCCUACUUUGUGAAUCGUCAUGGUUUCAGUCAGGAUUGUACGAUAGUGGCAUCGACAGGUGACAACCCUGCAACUAUUCUCGCAUUACCACUUCGCUCCAACGACGCCAUGGUAUCUCUAGGCACCUCUACAACCUUCCUCAUGUCGACAUCAGAGUACAAACCAGAUCCGUCUACCCACUUCUUCAACUCCCCAACCACCGCCGGCCUCUACAUGUUCAUGCUGUGCUACAAGAAUGGCGGGCUGGCACGCGAGAAAGUCCGCAACGCCAUCAAUGCCAGCGCGUCUCUGUCGGACCCAAACGCCUGGGAAGAAUUCGACAAGCACCUCCUGUCCACCCCACCACUCGCUCAAGAAUCCUCCUCGGCACCAAUGCAUCUAGGCUUGUACUUCCCUCGCCCAGAAAUCAUCCCCAACCUCCCUGUGGGCGAAUGGCACUUCUCAUACGACGCCGCAUCCGACAAGCUCACCCGCACAUCCACCGUCCCGGGCACGCCGCACUCGGAUGCGCGCAUAAUCGUCGAAUCUCAAUUCCUCAGUCUCCGCCUACGGUCGCGUGACCUGGUCACAGCCCCCAAUGCCAGCUUACCCGCUCAACCGCGCCGCAUCUACCUCGUCGGUGGCGGCUCACGCAAUACCGCCAUAGCGCGCGUCGCGGGCCAAGUCCUCGGCGGGUCCGAGGGCGUGUACAAACUCGACGUGGGCGAGAACGCCUGCGCGCUCGGCGCCGCGUACAAGGCCGUGUGGGCAGUGGAGAGAGACGAGGCGAGCGGCGAGACGUUCGAGGCGUUGAUCGGCAAACGCUGGCGUGAGGACGAGUUCGUCGAGAGAAUCGCCGACGGCUAUGAUGCCGAGGUUUUCGACAGGUAUGGUGCUGCCCUGAAGGGGUUUGAACGCAUGGAGGCCGUUUUGUUGGCCGAGGAGCGCGACAAGGAUGGCAAGAAGGUGUGA